UAAAUGCAAUUUGCGAUUUGACUUGCACUGUGCAGCGGUGCAGUUUACACACAUUAAGUAAACUCUCUAGGGCCAUGGUGGGCUGAAUCUGGUCCACGAGCCUCAAGUUUAGCACGCUCUACAAGGAAACGUCUCCGGUGAUGGGCUCAUAAUAAUGUCAGAUGAUUUCAGAUGGGCUAAAUAUGUGACAUCAGUCCAUGUAUUUCACUUAUAUACACAUGUGCUGCAGUAAACUGAAAUGCAGUUAAUAUUCACCAGGACUCACUCAGCAUUAAACUGGUGGCAUUAGGUUAAUGGACCAAUCGUUUUUCAGUGAAGACAAGGCUGUAUGUGACCUGUAUCACUGUAUCGGAACUGGACAAGGACAAACUGAGGGGGUGAGAAACUACCACUGCAUCCAAAUCAAUCUGGGCCCAAACGUCUCUUUACCCCUGUUGGCAGUGGAUGUGGACAAAUCUGCAUAGCAAUAGAAAGGAUGCACGCUUAUUUCCAGUCUUUUCAUCACUACAAAUUUGAUGAAAGGCUGUAGAAGAACACACUGACCAAAGUGAAAGUCAGUGAGAAAAGCUCUAUGAGAAAAUAAAGUCACAAUAAAGUGACAAUAAAAUUAAAUUCGACUUCCUGUCGGUUUAUAUACUUUAUUUUUUAGAUCGUAUUGUCCUGAGAGACACCGUCUACUAAUGCCCUUGUUAUUCUCCCUGUAUUUCCGUAAACCAACACGUCUUUUUCAAACGUGACUGUCCACAUGGUGCAAUGCGUGCCGUAUGUGCGGCAUAGUUAUUAUAAAUAAAUAUAUUAUAAAUAGGGGACAGUGUUGUAUGUUCUGUUGUUUUCUCCUUGUUGCUGUUACUUUAAUGGUCGCACAUGAGUUGUACCACAAAACUGUCCCCCCAGGAUUUCUAGUGCUACUGCUCUGUUUCAUAUGUAUAUAUAUAUAAAUUCUCUAAAAAAGUUCCUCAAUUAUGAAAAUAGAGGACAGAUGAAAUACUCUGUAUGCGUAGUCACAUGGAAAGUCAACUAGAGUUGCUCCUUUUAUCCUUUUAUCCAUGCCCAUGGGCAGGGAAUCUACGUCUGUUUGUUUUUCAUUUGUUUUCUGUAAAGGUUUGUUUAAGUAAAUGGAGACAGGGAGGUGGGGGUCAUCCAGUGAGUUAAAACAUAAGCCUUGAACUGUUAGCAUUAAAGCACAUCGUAAAAAAACUGUUCAAAGGAUCAAAGGCAGAGUUGGGUUGUCAGAUCUCAGUUCUAGGUUCAUGGUGUGGGAAGAGUUUAGAAGUAGUGUUUAGUGUUGGAACUGAUGCAGGAUCUGAGCUGAAACCACUGAAGGACCAGGAAUAAAAAGGAGUUACCAGAUAUAUCAGUUCAACUAAACAGGCCCGGGUUCCACACUGCGUAAAUGGUAACAACUCGGCCGCUGUGUAACAGGAAGUGCUGUCUACGAGCAGCCAUGAGCCAGAAAGCUGCGCUGCUGCUGCUGCUGCUGCUGCUGCUGACAGCCACACACACUCUCCUCGCAGCCAGCUUCCCAGAGGACGUCGCACCCCUCGAUGUCGUUGACGCACACUUUUCACGGAAGUACCCGGUGUUCAGGGGCCGGCCCUCUGGCAACGAGUCGCAGCAUCGCCUCGACUUUCAGCUGAUGACCAAGAUACAGGACACGCUGUUCAUCGCUGGAAGAGAUCAGGUGUACCUCGUCAGCCUGCGAGAAUCCUACAGGAAUGAGAUCAUUCCUUACCGGAAGCUAACAUGGCGAUCGGGACAGAGCGAGAAGGAGAUGUGUGCCGUGAAGGGAAAACACAGAGACGAGUGCCACAACUUCAUCAAAGUCUUGGUUCCCAGGAACGACGACCUGGUCUUCAUCUGUGGGACGAACGGCUUCAACCCAAUGUGCAGAUACUACAGGCUGGAUAACCUUGAGUUGGAUGGAGAAGAGAUCAAUGGACUGGCACGAUGCCCGUUCGACUCCAAGCAAACCAACGUCGCCCUUUUCGCUGAAGGGAAGCUGUACUCAGCCACCGUGGCCGACUUCCAGGCCAGUGAUUCCGUCAUCUAUCGCAGCAUGGGUGACGGCUCAGCCCUGAGGACCAUCAAAUACGACUCCAAGUGGCUGAAAGAACCUCAUUUCCUCCACGCAGCAGAGUACGGAAAUUAUGUGUACUUUUUCUUCCGGGAGAUUGCAGUGGAGCAGAGCAAUCUGGGAAAGGUUGUUUACUCCCGCGUGGCUCGGAUCUGUAAGAACGACGUUGGGGGGUCACAGCGGGUCCUUGAGAAGCACUGGACGUCCUUUGUGAAGGCCCGGUUGAACUGCUCGGUGCCUGGAGAGUCCUUCUUCUACUUCGACGUGCUCCAGUCUAUCACUGACAUCAUCAACAUCAACGGCGUUCCUUCAGUGGUGGGGGUGUUCACCACGCAGAUGAACAGCAUCCCAGGGUCGGCGGUGUGCGCCUUCUCCAUGGACCAGAUCGAGAAAGCCUUCAUGGGCCGCUUCAAAGAACAGAAGACGCCCGAUUCUGUGUGGACGCCAUACCCAGAGGAGAAGCUGCCCAAACCACGACCCGGGAGCUGUGCAGGUCACGGUCCAGCUGCUUCCUAUAAAAGCUCCAUCGAGUUCCCUGACGACACCCUGCAGUUCAUCAAGUCCCACCCACUGAUGGACGCAGCUGUGCCUUCCAUCAGGGACGAGCCCUGGUUCACCCAGACCCGUGUCAGGUACAGGCUGACGGCGCUAGCAGUCGACAACGAAGCAGGACCCCAGAAGAACUACACCGUGAUGUUCAUCGGUUCUGAGUCCGGAGUGGUCCUCAAGGUUCUGGCCAAGACCACGUUUGUGUCCCUGAAUGACAGCGUGCUCCUGGAGGAGAUCGACGUCUUCAAUAAGGCAAAGUGUCUGUCCAACCAUGAUGAUGACAAGCGCGUUCUGUCGCUGCACGUGGACAAAGACGCUCACAGUCUGUACGUGGCCUUUUCAAGCUGCGUCAUCAGAAUUCCCCUAAGUCGCUGUGAGAGACACUCGUCCUGUCACAGGUCCUGCGUCGCCUCGAGGGAUCCUUACUGUGGCUGGAAGUCUGGGGCCUGUGAGAGGAUACAGCCCGGUGUUACGUCUGGGUACGAGCAGGACGUGGAGUCUGGAGACACCUCCCACCUGGCCGACUGUCCUGCGUUUUUGGGCACUACCUCAGCACCAGGUUACAAAUCAUUUGACGACCCCACCUCUGACAUGGAGUUGUCAUCUGCGCCCGUCACUACCACCCAGCACAGUGGGCCCAUACACCCCCCACUUCACAAUCCCACUCAGGGUCCUAGUUCUGGACCCGGUCCAGAGCACUACGGCUCAGGUUCUGUGCUGCAGGAUGACCCAGCAACCUCCUAUUCUUUAGACUCUAUCCCAGGGGGUCAUGAGGGUGUGUGGGAGAACCAAGCAGGUGAGACCAACCAGCUGGUCCACAUGAACAUCCUCAUCACCUGCGUCUUCGCUGCUUUUCUUGUGGGCGCGCUGCUGGCCGGGUUUGUUGUGUUCUGCUUUCGAGGGUCAUUCCUUCACAAACCACGACCGCAGGUCCACAAGGAUGCUGAGACGGCCCCGUCCUGCUCUAACUCGGCGGGAAGCUUUGUGAAGCUCAAUGGCCUCUUUGAUAGCCCUGUAAAGGAGUACCAGAGCGACAUUGAUUCUCCAAAGCUGUACACCAAUCUGUUGAGCAGCGGGAAAGACCUGAACACGCCCAGCUGUGACACAAAGACCGUCAUACUGCGGGAAGGCUGUCAGCCCCCUGAGCUGGCGGCCCUGCCCACCCCUGAGUCCACACCUGAGCUUCAGCAGAAAGGCCUUCAGCCCAUCAAAAACCAGUGGGAGAGGCCGCAGGGAAAGGACAGCAGGCCUCACAAGGAAUCCAACUCAUCGGCAACAGCCAAGAGUCCGCAGUUCCUCACCACCUCCCCCACCCUCCCAAAUACCACUUCCCACUACUCUCACCAUGCUCUGGGACACUCCCACAUUCCUAGUGCAGUUGUCCUACCCAAUGCAACGCACGACAACCCCGGCCACGACAAUGGAGAGGAAACGUUACCACAUGGAUCUAAAAGGAAACUGAAGAACUCAGAACCGUGGGGAACCAAGAAAGACCAGAAGAGGUCUGUGGACGCCAGGAAUACUCUCAACGACCUUUUAAAACACCUCAGUGACUCGGUGGCCAACCCACAGGCCAUUCUUCAGGAGGGUCCAGGACCCCAGCUGAGGCCACAUCUUACACUGGAGCCCAUGGAGGAACUGACUGAAGUGCCCCCCCAGGUGCCCAGUCGUGAGGCAUCUCUAUACUCUCCCUCCUCCUCCCUGCCAAGGCACAGCCCUACCAAGAGGGUCGAUGUACCGCUGCCCAGCACCCCCACCUCGCCAACAGGCAGCCUUAGCAUAGGAGGGACACUGGAAAGACAGAGAGGGGGCUACCAGCUGCACCGUAGUGCAUCUCACAGGCAGUCCCUGUCCACCUCACCCAACGGGGUAACUAUGGGGGUUUCUCUGUCACGGCAACACAGUAUGAACAGGGGUGGCUACAUGCCCCCAACACCCCCCUCUAGACACGACUCUCAUGGCGGAGGGAUGGGGCCGGGGAUGCACUCGCCCCACCCUUCGUCGUUAUCAAGACAGAGCAGCUACAGUGGGCAUGGCUCACUCCCCCGCACUGGGCUUAAAAGGACUAUUUCACUAAAGCCCGACGUGCCCCCCAAACCUAAUGCUUUCUCCCCACAGACUCCACAGAUGAGAGUGGUCAACAAGUACAGCUACUGAGAGCACGGACACUCUCCGCUCUACAGCUCUGACUCACGUGGCCUUGGGGGUGGGGGCUACUUGUUGAUGGGGUGAGGCCUAGUGUGUGUGCGUACUAACUCGAGGUGUGUUUCCCCUUUAAGUGGUAUGCACAGUCACACGAGCUGAAAAGGGAAAAUCACAUGUGGCCAAAGAUGCUCCUCUGGUUUCUGUUUGAUCUCCAUCGCCGUCAAAGUAGCCACAACAUAGAAGCAGUGGUUUGUGAGGAAUCUCCCACUGCCUGUUUGUCUCGGCGUGAGUGACGCCUGUUCCCUACAAGGUACAAGGCUUAGGAUACCUGCAGGGACUGCUACGAUGCCAAUGCAUGUGGUACCACUUCAAAAAAAAGUGGAAUACUUGAAGUAUGGGUGUCAUUUUUCACUGCCCUAGAGCACUGUCUUCCCACUAAUGUGAACGCAACAGGACAGAGGUAAAGAUAGACGUUUGCCUUCGCGCUGGGCAG